GAUGUUUUCCAACUGUUGUGAGCAGGCAGAAGCAGCGGAGCAGGGCAGCUGGGUAGUGUCCUCUCUGGCCCGGAGGGAAAGCAGGCAAGACCCAGCGCCAGAAUAGCAAAGACGUCCCGGGAAGGGGCUCCGAGCUGCCAGCAUGCCCGCCACGGGAGGAGACCCCAAAGGAGAGGACUAUUCCACUGCUAUCCUGCGCCAGAAGCAUCGUCCGAACCGUCUCAUUGUCGAUGAAGCUGCCAAUGAAGACAACAGUAUUGUGUGCCUGUCUCAGGCCAAAAUGGAGGAACUGCACUUGUUCCGUGGGGACACAGUGCUGCUGAAAGGAAAGAAACGUCGAGAGACAGUGUGUAUCGUACUGACAGAUGACUCUUGCCAGAGUGAGAAGAUUCGCAUGAACCGUGUAACCCGCAACAACCUGCGUGUGCGCCUUGGAGAUGUGGUCAGUGUCCAGGCCUGUCCAGAUGUUAAGUAUGGAAAACGGAUCCAUGUACUACCAAUUGAUGACACCAUUGAAGGCAUGACAGGGAACCUCUUUGAAGUUUACCUCAAGCCCUACUUUCUGGAGGCUUAUCGACCUGUGCACAAAGGUGACAUUUUUCUGGUGCGAGGUGGAAUGAGGGCUGUGGAGUUUAAGGUUGUUGAGGUGGAUCCCACUCCACACUGCAUCGUGGCUCCUGACACCAUUAUCCACUGUGAGGGAGAGCCCAUCAAACGAGAGGAUGAAGAGGAGAGCCUCAAUGAUGUUGGCUAUGAUGAUAUUGGAGGCUGUCGUAAACAACUGGCUCAGAUUAAGGAGAUGGUGGAGCUCCCAUUGAGACACCCGGCACUCUUCAAAGCUAUCGGUGUGAAGCCUCCACGAGGGAUUCUCCUUUAUGGUCCUCCUGGUACUGGGAAAACACUUGUGGCCCGGGCUGUUGCAAAUGAAACUGGCGCCUUUUUCUUUCUUAUCAAUGGCCCAGAAAUUAUGAGCAAAUUAGCUGGGGAGUCAGAGAGCAACUUGCGCAAAGCAUUCGAGGAAGCUGAGAAGAACGCUCCAGCCAUCAUUUUUAUUGAUGAGCUGGAUGCCAUUGCUCCUAAGAGGGAGAAGACACAUGGGGAAGUGGAGCGCCGCAUUGUUUCUCAGCUCCUCACUCUCAUGGAUGGCCUGAAGCAGCGCUCACACGUGAUAGUCAUGGCUGCCACCAAUCGACCCAACAGUAUCGAUCCUGCCCUGCGUCGGUUCGGGCGUUUUGACCGAGAAAUUGACAUUGGGAUCCCAGAUUCGGUGGGAAGGUUGGAAAUUUUGCAGAUUCACACCAAGAACAUGAAACUGGCUGAUGAUGUGGAUCUGGAAAGGGUUGCCAAUGAGACACAUGGGCAUGUGGGUGCUGAUUUGGCAGCGUUGUGCUCUGAGGCAGCACUCCAGGCGAUCCGGAAGAAGAUGAACGUCAUCGACCUGGAAGACGACACUAUUGAUGCUGACAUCCUUAACUCCAUGGCUGUCACCAUGGAUGACUUCCAGUGGGCUCUUGGCCAGAGUAACCCCUCGGCACUACGUGAGACUGUAGUGGAAGUGCCACAAGUCUCCUGGGAUGAUAUUGGGGGUCUUCAGGAAGUCAAACGUGAGCUGCAGGAACUGGUGCAGUUCCCAGUGGAGUAUCCUGACAAGUUCCUGAAGUUUGGGAUGACGCCAUCAAGAGGUGUUCUCUUCUACGGACCGCCUGGCUGUGGCAAGACCCUGCUGGCCAAGGCCAUUGCCAAUGAGUGCCAAGCCAACUUUGUCUCCAUCAAGGGUCCUGAGCUGCUCACUAUGUGGUUUGGAGAAAGUGAGGCUAACGUCCGUGAUGUUUUUGACAAGGCCCGGCAGGCAGCUCCCUGUAUCCUGUUUUUUGAUGAACUGGACUCUAUUGCGAAGGCACGGGGUGGUGGAGCUGGGGAUGGCGGAGGUGCGGCUGACCGUGUUAUCAAUCAGAUCCUCACUGAGAUGGAUGGCAUGACCAACAAGAAGACAGUUUUCAUUAUUGGUGCCACCAAUAGACCAGACAUCAUUGACCCAGCCAUUCUACGUCCAGGGCGUUUGGACCAGCUCAUUUACAUCCCAUUGCCUGAUGAGAAGUCUCGUGUGGCUAUCCUCCAAGCCAAUCUGCGUAAAUCACCUGUUGCCAAGGAUGUGGACUUGAAUUAUCUGGCUAAAAUCACACACGGCUUCUCGGGUGCAGACCUCACUGAAAUCUGCCAACGUGCCUGCAAGCUUGCCAUCCGUGAGGCUAUUGAGAUGGAGAUCAAGACAGAACGGGAACGCCAGCGUCACAAAUACGCUGCCAUGGAUGAUGAUUAUGAUCCUGUGCCAGAGAUCCGCCGUGAUCAUUUUGAGGAAGCGAUGCGCUUUGCACGCCGCUCAGUCAGUGAUAAUGACAUACGCAAGUAUGAGAUGUUUGCCCAGACAUUACAGCAAAGCCGAGGCUUCGGUAACUUCAGGUUCCCAGCAGGAAACCAGAACAGUGGUGGGACAGGCAGCAGUGGAAGCAACAGCGGCCAAGGGAGCCUUUUCCAGGAAGAGGGGGAUGACGAUCUCUACAACUGAUUGCCUGGGGCAUGCCUUCUUCUGCUGGAACUGUUGGCUCCAUCUGCUUAUUGUUACUGUCUCUUUCAUGUGAGGUCUGGUGUGCAAGGCCCAGCAUUCUGCUCUCUUUCACCCUUGUCUGCAAAAAUCCGGCAACAAGCAACUCACAGCUAAUUUUAAUACAUGAGGCCAGGUGCCUCCUCCAAGUAUUUUGAGGGGCUCGGCUAUGCCCAUGAAUCUCGUGGCUUGUCCUGCCCUUGUGCCUGCCGGAUGUUCAGUCGGGGUACCUCUGACUUUCAUUUGGGGGAUCUAAUACCCGAGAAGCUGAAGAGCCCUGCUGGAUCAGACCAAAGGCCCAUCUAGUCCAGCAUCCUGCAUAUUCAACAACCGCGGCAACUAGCCCGAUGCCUCUCAAAGCAGGAUGUGAAGCUGUCGUUCAUCCCUUUGUAUGAAACAGUCCCACACUAGUGCUGGUUCCUUUUCGGACACACAUUGAUGGCUCCUUCUUUAGAACCCAGGCCGCUGGAGGCUCCGCAGUCUCCCGCCAUUGCUUGCUUGCCAGCGCUGCCUGCUUGCACAGGCCCUGCCUGCCUUACAGCAAAGGCAGCCUUUGGAGCCUUGUUAUUCAUGAGGCCAUUGAACUCCAGUUUGUAUCAUCAGGUGCCAGAGGUGUCUGGGUAUCCAGUAAACUGGAGGUGCAUGCCCCUGAUCCUGGGAGAAGCUCUGUAAAGGGUGUCAGACAAUAAAGGCUUGUGUUGUGGUG